GCUAGGCAGAGGAGGAAGGCACGCGACUUUAGUAGUGACGUAAAGCUCUUGGAGUCGGUAUACUGCGGCCUUGGCCAAGCUGUGUACCUCAGAGAGCUAUUGAUAUUCCGACGAACUGGAUCAGCAGUUGGAUAGUCCGAAACCUCGGUCCUCUUCAGGCAUGAGGCAUGUCGUGGUGGAAAAGGCGCUCGAGUUGGACCAGCAGUUUGCUGGUCUAGACCUGAACUCUUCUGAUAAUCAGAGUAAAGGGGGAAGUACAGCAAGCAAAGGGCGCUAUAUACCUCCUCAUUUAAGGAACAGAGAAGCAUCUAAAGGAUUUCAUGAUAAAGACAAUUCAGGGUGGAGUUCUAGUAAAGAUAAGGAUGCAUAUAGCAGUUUUGGGUCUCGGGAUUCAAGAGGAAAGUCCAGUUACUACAGUGAUCGUGGAAGCAGAUCAAGGGGAAGGUUUGAUGAUCGUGGACGGAGUGACUAUGAUGGUGUUGGCAGUCGCGGUGACAGGACUGGUUUUGGCAAAUUUGAUCGCAGUGGACACAGUCGAUGGUGUGACAAAUCAGAUGAAGAUGAUUGGUCAAAACCACUUCCACCAAGUGAACGUUUGGAGCAGGAACUAUUUUCUGGAGGAAACACUGGGAUUAACUUUGAGAAAUAUGAUGAUAUUCCAGUAGAGGCAACUGGCAGUAACUGUCCUCCACAUAUUGAAAGUUUCAGCGAUAUUGAAAUGGGAGAAAUUGUCAUGGGGAACAUUGAGCUUACUCGUUAUACUCGUCCUACUCCAGUCCAAAAAUAUGCCAUUCCUAUUAUCAAAGAAAAAAGAGACUUGAUGGCUUGUGCCCAAACAGGCUCUGGAAAAACUGCAGCAUUUCUUUUGCCCAUCUUGAGUCAAAUUUAUACAGAUGGUCCUGGAGAGGCGUUGAAGGCUGUGAAGGAAACUGGGAGGUAUGGACGUCGUAAACAAUACCCGAUCUCCUUGGUUUUAGCACCAACAAGAGAAUUGGCUGUACAAAUUUAUGAGGAAGCCAGAAAAUUUUCAUACCGGUCUAGAGUUCGUCCUUGUGUGGUUUAUGGUGGUGCUGAUAUUGGUCAGCAAAUUCGAGACUUAGAACGUGGAUGUCACUUGUUAGUUGCCACUCCAGGACGUUUAGUGGAUAUGAUGGAAAGAGGAAAGAUUGGAUUAGACUUCUGCAAGUACUUAGUGUUGGAUGAAGCUGAUAGGAUGCUAGAUAUGGGGUUUGAACCUCAGAUACGUCGUAUAGUUGAACAAGAUACUAUGCCACCAAAGGGUGUUCGCCACACCAUGAUGUUUAGUGCUACUUUUCCUAAGGAAAUACAGAUGCUUGCUCGUGAUUUUUUGGAUGAAUAUAUCUUUCUGGCUGUAGGAAGAGUUGGCUCUACCUCUGAGAACAUCACACAAAAAGUAGUUUGGGUGGAAGACUCAGACAAACGGUCAUUUCUGCUUGAUCUGUUAAAUGCAACAGGGAGAGAUUCACUGACUUUAGUGUUUGUGGAGACUAAAAAGGGUGCUGAUUCUCUGGAGGAUUUCUUAUAUCAUGAAGGAUAUGCUUGUACUAGUAUCCAUGGAGACCGGUCACAGAGAGAUCGAGAGGAAGCCCUUCACCAGUUUCGUUCAGGAAGAAGCCCAAUUCUAGUGGCUACAGCUGUGGCAGCAAGAGGACUAGAUAUUUCAAAUGUGAAACAUGUUAUCAAUUUUGAUUUGCCAAGUGAUAUUGAAGAAUAUGUACAUCGGAUUGGCCGUACAGGACGUGUAGGAAACCUUGGUCUUGCCACUUCAUUUUUUAAUGAAAGAAAUAUAAACAUUACAAAGGAUUUAUUGGAUCUUCUUGUUGAAGCCAAACAAGAAGUGCCGUCCUGGUUAGAAAAUUUGGCUUAUGAACAUCACUAUAAGGGUAGCAGUCGUGGGCGUUCUAAGAGCAGAUUCAGUGGAGGAUUUGGUGCCAGAGACUAUCGACAAAGUAGUGGUUCUAGCAGUUCUAGUUUUAGCAGUAGUCGUGCAAGCAGCAGCCGCAGUGGUGGAGGUGGACAUGGCAGCAGCAGAGGAUUUGGUGGAGGAUUUCAUGAUAAAGACAAUUCAGGGUGGAGUUCUAGUAAAGAUAAGGAUGCAUAUAGCAGUUUUGGGUCUCGGGAUUCAAGAGGAAAGUCCAGUUACUACAGUGAUCGUGGAAGCAGAUCAAGGGGAAGGUUUGAUGAUCGUGGACGGAGUGACUAUGAUGGUGUUGGCAGUCGCGGUGACAGGACUGGUUUUGAAUUUGAUCGCAGUGGACACAGUCGAUGGUGUGACAAAUCAGAUGAAGAUGAUUUCAAACCACUUCCACCAAGUGAACGUUUGGAGCAGGAACUAUUUUCUGGAGGAAACACUGGGAUUAACUUUGAGAAAUAUGAUGAUAUUCCAGUAGAGGCAACUGGCAGUAACUGUCCUCCACAUAUUGAAAGUUUCAGCGAUAUUGAAAUGGGAGAAAUUGUCAUGGGGAACAUUGAGCUUACUCGUUAUACUCGUCCUACUCCAGCAAAAUAUGCCAUUCCUAUUAUCAAAGAAAAAAGAGACUUGAUGGCUUGUGCCCAAACAGGCUCUGGAAAAACUGCAGCAUUUCUUUUGCCCAUCUUGAGUCAAAUUUAUACAGAUGGUCCUGGAGAGGCGUUGAAGGCUGUGAAGGAAACUGGGAGGUAUGGACGUCGUAAACAAUACCCGAUCUCCUUGGUUUUAGCACCAACAAGAGAAUUGGCUGUACAAAUUUAUGAGGAAGCCAGAAAAUUUUCAUACCGGUCUAGAGUUCGUCCUUGUGUGGUUUAUGGUGGUGCUGAUAUUGGUCAGCAAAUUCGAGACUUAGAACGUGGAUGUCACUUGUUAGUUGCCACUCCAGGACGUUUAGUGGAUAUGAUGGAAAGAGGAAAGAUUGGAUUAGACUUCUGCAAGUACUUAGUGUUGGAUGAAGCUGAUAGGAUGCUAGAUAUGGGGUUUGAACCUCAGAUACGUCGUAUAGUUGAACAAGAUACUAUGCCACCAAAGGGUGUUCGCCACACCAUGAUGUUUAGUGCUACUUUUCCUAAGGAAAUACAGAUGCUUGCUCGUGAUUUUUUGGAUGAAUAUAUCUUUCUGGCUGUAGGAAGAGUUGGCUCUACCUCUGAGAACAUCACACAAAAAGUAGUUUGGGUGGAAGACUCAGACAAACGGUCAUUUCUGCUUGAUCUGUUAAAUGCAACAGGGAGAGAUUCACUGACUUUAGUGUUUGUGGAGACUAAAAAGGGUGCUGAUUCUCUGGAGGAUUUCUUAUAUCAUGAAGGAUAUGCUUGUACUAGUAUCCAUGGAGACCGGUCACAGAGAGAUCGAGAGGAAGCCCUUCACCAGUUUCGUUCAGGAAGAAGCCCAAUUCUAGUGGCUACAGCUGUGGCAGCAAGAGGACUAGAUAUUUCAAAUGUGAAACAUGUUAUCAAUUUUGAUUUGCCAAGUGAUAUUGAAGAAUAUGUACAUCGGAUUGGCCGUACAGGACGUGUAGGAAACCUUGGUCUUGCCACUUCAUUUUUUAAUGAAAGAAAUAUAAACAUUACAAAGGAUUUAUUGGAUCUUCUUGUUGAAGCCAAACAAGAAGUGCCGUCCUGGUUAGAAAAUUUGGCUUAUGAACAUCACUAUAAGGGUAGCAGUCGUGGGCGUUCUAAGAGCAGAUUCAGUGGAGGAUUUGGUGCCAGAGACUAUCGACAAAGUAGUGGUUCUAGCAGUUCUAGUUUUAGCAGUAGUCGUGCAAGCAGCAGCCGCAGUGGUGGAGGUGGACAUGGCAGCAGCAGAGGAUUUGGUGGAGGAAGCUAUGGAGGAUUCUACAGUAGUGACGGAUAUGGAGGAAAUUAUAACUCCCAGGGCGUUGAUUGGUGGGGCAACUGAACCUGGUCUGCAAUAAGAUCACCCAUUCAAACAAGCUAAUAUGGAAACCACAUGUAACUUAGCCAGACUGUAUCCUGUAGCUUUAAGAACUUGUAGUACAUUACCAGCUGUGAUUCUCCUGAAAAUUCAUGGAAGAUCAAAGUCACAAGAAGAAAGGAACAAUAACAGCCCUAUUCAAAAGUUGGUUCAAAGACUUAAUUGCCCUAGUUUGGAUUAAUUCCCAUUCUGUUUAUUUUCCAUCCCGAGCUGCAUUUACAGUUUUGUGACUGGAAGUCAUUUGUUUGUUAAUGUACUGUAAUUUUAACUUUAGACAGCUUAUUAUUUUGAUGUCCUGUUGGCUCAGUAAUGCUCAAGAUAGCAGUUAUUUGAACAAAAUAAAUAACUGAAUAUGGGCUAAAACCAAACCGUGGCACACAGGUAUGAUACAACUUAACAGGACUCUUCAACUUAUCAAUAAAUAUUGUAAGGUUAAAAAAAUUUAGGCAGUAAUCUCUCUGUUAGGACUUUUUGUUAUGUGCAGACUGGGGAGAAGAACAUCUUGAGCAGAAUUCGUUUCUAAUGUUGCCAAAUACAUUGUUAAAAUUCUGACUUGCUCACUCUAUUCUGGAUAAGUACCUAGAACCUUGUAGUAUUUAAAUGUCAUUCCAGUCAUGAUGAGGUGGCAUGUAUGAAUGAAUCAUCCAUGCAUUUCUCAAAGCACUCUUCAAAGUUAAUGCAAGUAAAUAUAGCAAUUUCUCUUUCAGUGUUUGUCAUUGUAAGCUAGGCAAGUUUGGGCAUACUAUUAUAGGGAAAGUUCAAAUGAUUUUAAAAGGCAGAGGAAGUUUAAUUACAUUAUUUAAAUGCCUGCCAAAAAAAAUUGAAAUGAUAAAAUGACUGACCAAUGACAAUGACUUGUCCUCUUCCUGGGCCUGGUUGCAUUUUGGUCUGUAAAGCCAUGUUAGUGUUAAUGUUUUUUGGUCAAGAGGAUUCAAGUAGGGAUAAUUACACAGCAGGCUUUAUUUCAGUGCAGAUUCACAUUGCUUUGUUUAAGCUGUGUUGAAAUGUUAAAAUGGCUUACAUUUGUAGACUUUAUAACAAACAGAUCCUUGAGAUCACACAGGUUGGAAAUAGGGACUAAAUUGCUCGUGAUGUUAUUUCUGUAUAGUGUACUUUUAGUCUUAAUUUUAGUUGCAUGGGUUUCCAUUAUAUUUAUAGUCUCUUUAUGCUAAAUUUGGCCAAAGAUGAUUAUCCACCACUAAAAAUGCCUUUGCCACUUUGAAUUCUGUGCUGAUUUAUGGCUAUAAAGCAGUGAUCUUUACUGACUAAUCUUUAUGGUUAUGUAAGAAAGCAAAAUUUUCUUAAAAGUGCAAUAGAUUUUCAAGCACAUUGUGCCUUGUUCUAAAACUUGAUUAAGUAGGUGCAGUUGACAGUAUUAAGGUCAUUUGUUAAUGGUGCUACUUCAAUUGGUAUAGGUUUAGACUUGUACACUUUUUCAUAACUUUUUACAAAUUACUUACUUUAUUGCACAUCCAGAGAAUUUUAUAGAUAUGUGUGUGUGUACACGUGCACACACACACACACGUGUGUGUGUGUGUGUAUAUAUGUGUCUUGUGUGUGUGUCCUUAAAAUUUCAAUCUCAUUUUAUCUUCUUGAAGAUUGUUGAAUGCAGCUUAGAAACUAGAUUCUAAAAUUUUAUUUGGGACCAUGGAAUGAUAGUUGUGAAGAAACUGUUUGCACAUGACAGAUUUUAGAUAUUUUUUGCUGCUAGUUUGUGUAAUAUUUAUUGAACAUUUUGACAAAUAUUUAUUUUUGUAAGCCUAAACGUGAUUCUUUGAACGUUUAAAGAAACUUGACCAAAAGACAGUACAAAAAACACUGGCACUUUUAAAUGUCACCAUGUGUGAAAUAAUAUAUUUCAGGGUAGUGUGAGCUUAUAAUGUUGAUUCCUGUUAAACUUGAGUCAAAUUAAGCUGACCUGGUAUUGGCAAUGUUAACUAGCUGUGACUUUGGUAAAAUAUAAGGCAAAAUUGGUGACUUUAUAAUUAAAACUUGACAUGGUUUUGAUAAACUUGUCUUAAAAUAUUAAUGAUACACUUCUAAACACAUUCUCAAAGGUUUUGAGUUUUGUUCAGUUAAUGUGUUUCUGUUUUCUGUGGGAUUUUUUUUGCUUUGGUUUUCACUGACUGGCAUAUGUGCAGCCCUCAAACAUGUGGUUAUCGUUGUGUAUAUCCAUAAUUUGUGAUUUUUACAUUCCUUUACAUCAGCCAGUAAAUAAGAAUUGGUUUAAACAUACUGACUUGUGAUCAUUGAACUUCAGAUCACUAUAGGUUUAGUAAUUGCUUAUUGUAUUACUUUUAGA